CAUCAUUCGCAUGCACUCAAAAAAGUCCUAUUUUUGAGUCACUCCAAAUUAUCCUCCAUACACUGUUCACACCACAUCCUGUUUCAAAUCAGUCAACGCAAAAAGAAAAGAAAUAUAUAAAAAUUGAAAAAAUAAGACACCCUUCAAAUAUUAAAACAAUAUACUUUCAAGUGCACACGUUUUUAGGUCGGAAUUUUUAUUUUAUUUAACAGUUCCUAUUCGAAAAACACGAGGAACAAUUCGAAAAACAAGCGUACACCAGUUGUAUUAUGAAUGUCGCCCAAAUUUAUAAAUUUUGAGAUUACCCUAAUUUACAUUUUAUUACUAAUACCAUGGCCUCAUUCGAAUGUGAUAAAACUUCUUUGCUCCAAAGAUAACAGUCGGCUAGUACGUAAGAUUAUACGCUCCAAAUGGACACCAAUCCUGGAUAAGUAUCAGGUAAAAUUGCCUUUAGAGUGUCCUUUACAUCCAUUUAGGGACGUAUUUGGACCGCGACAGGAUGCAAAGAAACGUGAUCGACCGACUCAAUGGACGUGUCGGUUGUGCGGCAAAAGUUUUUAUCAAGAAAGAUAUGUCGAUAUACAUUUCGAGACGCGGCACAGAUCUGUCCUUAAUGAGGCCGAAGAUGCUGUAUGUUUUGCUGAUUUCUGCGAUAUUAUGCGUUGCGAAGUUUUUCAAUCGGAAGAAGCCAGUCUUACAGGCGGAGACACUCAUAUUGUAACUGACAUUGAAGUAUGGGGUAAUUCUUUGGGACAAAGUUCAGCCCUAGCAAAAGCUAAUGCUGCUUACCUGAGUUUGAUUCCACUAAGAUCUUCUGCACUUGGAGCAACAAGAGCUUCAAAAGUCCAAAAUCGCCAACUAUGUCCGGAUAAAAGUAGCCAAAGUAAAUUUAAAGAUAUAAGUAAGGAGCCUGUUAAAGAACCAAUUCCUGAGGAAAAUAUAGAUGAUUCGAAAAAAUCUUCAUCUUCAUCGUCAUCAUCAUCAUCAUCGUCUUCUUCGUCGUCGUCAUCGUCUUCGUCCGCCAAUCAUUCAUCAAUGAAAAUUGAUCCUUUAGUACAAUCGAAUACAUCCGAAGAGACCAAUAAUAAAACAACUAAUGGGAGUACAGUAAAUAUUCAGAAAGUUCGAGCCAAUUGUCGUACAGAGGACCUAAGCAAACUAAAAUCAAAGUGUGAAUACUUGUUGAGGAGUUGCAUAGCUGGUCUAUUACUCCAAAUGACAGACCAUGCAUUCAAAGAGAUGGAAGAGGAGAUGAAUAAAGCUGUUUGCUGGUAUUUGUCCUGUGAUCGAUACUGGGAGGAUGGACCACUCGAACCAAGAGCAUUCCCUUGGGGUCUUAUUCUCAUCCUUGUAAUGGUACUUUCUCUGGGAAUUUGUUUUUGUUACUAUAUCAUUUGGAUACUUUUUGACUCUGAAGAAAUGACAAUCAGCAGCAACAAUGUGCAUCGUUAUGAUUACCAUCAUUAUGCACCACAACAACACCAUAGCAGUCCGCGUUAUAUGGCUGGUCCGCCACCAGUUGUUUCACACCAUUUGACACAUCAUCCGCAACAAGAAAUAUAUGAACGUCGAGAAGUCACAACUAGACUUCCAUCAACAGCCGUUACAAUGGUUGACUGUGAUACAACAAUUGGUGGAAAAUAUUCCUCAGAUAUGUCGUCGUCGACAUCAAUGCGACCACCAUCGUCGACAGAUAUUCAAAAUGAUUUAGCUCAUAACGAACAUUACAUUUAUGUUACUUAUCCGCCAGAUUUAAAAAAGAGAUUAUUUGAAAAAUACGAAUGAAAAACGUGGAUGAUAAAGAGACAGAGAGAAAGAGAGAGAGCGUCAUGUUAAAUUAAAAGCAAACAACAACAAAAAAAAAAAAACAAUUUUUUUGAAAAAGUAACUUUAAAAUUUAGUAAUUUUUUUCGUAAUAAUAAAUUAAUAUCAAAAUGAAAUUAGUUAAAAAUAUAUUUAUUAUUAUUUAACCUUGAGAGAAACUUUGCCUUCAUAUAAACGCUUUAUAAUUGAAUUUGUAGCGCCAUUCGAAGCGAUGUGAACAAAUUUUCUUUUUUUUUUUUUUAAUAUGAAAUAAAC